AUGAAUCCUGUUACGCUGCGUUCCUCCAAGAGGAGUAGAGCAGCUGAGGUCCAUUGUUUGUCUGAAAAGGAUGGCUUUAAAUGUGGCAGACAGAGGAGGAGGAAUCGGAUCAAUGAGAAAAUGAAAGCAUUGCAGAAACUAAUUCCGAAUUCCAACAAAAUGGAUAAGGCAUCAAUGCUGGAUGAAGCCAUUAAACAUCUGAAGCAACUUCAACUACAAGUACAGAUAUAUGAAGAGAAAGACAAUGGUUUGGGUGGUGGCGAGAUGGUUACAACAUCGGGGAAGAGAGGGAUGAGAAGAUUGGGGGUGGAGGUGCUGAAAAACAUAAUUGUUUUGGUGGAGGGUCUGAAGCUCAUUGACUGGAUUGAUGUUAAAUGUAACCAUGUGGGAGGAAAAUGA